AUGACCGAGAUAUCGUAUUCGUGGGUGGUGUCGCGGGUCUCAAGCGGGCACCCAACCCCAACCUGGUCGAGCCCAACCCCAACCUGGUCGAGCCCAACCCCAUCCCACCACAUCCUCCUCGCAAGUUUUGCUUCGCUUCGCUGCGGGCUCCUGCUACCAGCUUCGACACAUCGGAGCUCUCGGAGCCCUCGUCGUGACUUCGCCGCAGCGAUGGCAAUUCCUUGCACAGGCUAUUUCCUGGCGCGGUUGCCGAACCCAGCUCGUGUAAUUUCCAGACACGGUUCUCAGACUCGUAGUGGCUCGAGUUUCCUGCAGGGGAAGUCGCUCGUGCAGUUCAAUGUCGACGGCUUGCGUGAGGCUCCUCUGGGGCGGUUGCCGUGGAUGAGAGGAACGGGGGGGUCCUCUGUUUUGAAUUUGAGAGCGGAGGCGGAGACUGAGAAGAAGGAGGAGGGGGAGAAAGUUGCAGCAACGGACGUGAAGGUGGACCUCGAGAAAGACAUUAGCAAGGUCGUGCGGAAGACAGCAGCUACUUUUGCCCCUCGCGCUUCAUCUGCUAAGAACAAGAACCCAGCGCAGCCGGGCACAAUGCUGUACACCAUCUUUGAAGUUCAGGCGUACAUUAGCAUGCUCGUAGGCGGAAUCUUGUCAUUCAAUUUGCUCUUCCCUUCUGACCAUCCAGAUAUUUGGCGCCUCAUGGGCAUGUGGUCUGUGUGGAUGUUCACGAUUCCAUCGUUGAGGGCUCGUGACUGUCCUGGAAAGGAGAAGGAGGCUUUGAACUACUUGUUUUUGGCUGUUCCUCUGAUCAAUGUUACUCUACCCUUGGUGUGGAAAUCCUUUGCCGCAGUCUGGUCAGCGGACGUCCUCGCUUUCUUCGCCAUGUAUACUUGGAAGCUGGAGUGGCUUGGAAACAGUGACAACAAGGCUAAUGAUUCCAACCAAUAAAGAAAGUGGUCUUCUCUUUUGCGCAUCCUUUCUUUUCGUUCAGAGUGCAGCCAAUCUAAAACUUACACGGCUGGAGAUGCAAUGAAUACGUCACAUUGAAAAAGAUCGCAAGCAUAAAGCAAAUUGACUUCCCAAAAUUGGGGGUUUCAUGCAUGGUACAGUAAUGAGAGUUUUUGAAAUGUGUAUAUUUGCCAAUUCCAAAAUUUUAUUACCUAAGAUUUUUGAACGUUGCUUUCUGAUUAAAAGGGGUCAAUAUGUACACUUUGAGGUGUUUUGAGGGCUUUCUACUUGGGCGACGUGUUGAUUUAAGUAGCAUACUCUGUUCUGAAUCAUGAGCUUCACUUGAGUUUGGGUUACAGCUAAGCUUAUGCUGUCAACCUGGUGGACUGCUCCCAGCUGUAGGAUUUUGAAGCCAUCUAAGCCUUGUGUGAAAUGAAUUUGCAGACACUUAGAUUCUCUCCUGCCCAGAUUAGCUUGUGACCGAAAUAUUUGUUACCCGUGUACACUAUUUUUCAAAGUAACAAAAGUUAUUGGAAGUGUUCUA